UCUGGUUUCAGAGGCGACGUGGUCCCAAAAGAUGUCAAUCAGGCUAUUGAGUACAUCAAAACCAAACAAACACUUGAAUUCGUCAGCUGGUGUCCUACUGGCUUUAAGGUGGGUAUCAACCAGAAACCACCUACCGUAGUCCCAGAAAGUGGACUUGCGCCAGUUCCUCGAGCGGCAUGUAUGCUGUCGAACAAUACGGUAAUCGUCAAUGCUUGGACUCGCCUCAAUCACAAGUUUGACCUCAUGUACGCGAAAAGAGCGUUCGUUCACUGGUAUCUAGGCGAAGGCAUGGAAGAAGGGGAGUUCUAUGAAGCUCGUGAAGAUUUGGCAGCACUAGAAAAGGACUAUGAAGAGAUAUCGAACGAAGCGAUUAUGGACGAUCAAGAUGAUGAGUACUAA